AUAUUGUUGUGUUUUAUAACACUAUAAUUCUCUGUUGAGAAAAUUUCAGCCAAAUGCACUUUAUAUUAAUCAGCACUGUGAACACUGACACCACACACACACACACACACACACACACACACACAGUGUCCACUUCCUGUCGUCUUAUUGACAUUAGCAGGUAUUCAUGUACAGAAAUGUUAUCAGUUUUACACACACACACACACACACACCUCACAUCUAACAACAAUUCUGCAUUAAUUACAGAAUCUUUAUAACUUUAUUGUCUUUAAUGUAGGAAAUAAAGGGAUGUAAUAAAAUUCACUUUCUUGCAGAAACUGGGAAAUUCCUCAUGGGUUGAGCCAGCUGAACAUGACUCACCCUCUAGCACUGUGUGCAGAAGUUAGAUGAGUGUGUGUGUGUGUGUGUGUGUGACAGAGUGUAUGUUCUCUUACAGCACUCUCUCUCUCACACACACACACAACAGGACCCUCUGACUGCAGCGUCUCUGAAUUUCACAUACCACUAAUACUACUACUGCUGCUGUUACUAAUACUAGUACUACAAAUAGUAAUACUACUAAUACUAGUACUAUUCCUACUAAUACUAGUACUAUUCCUACUAAUACUAGUACUAUUCCUACUAAUACCAGUACUAACAGUAACACCACGUACAAUCAGGAUGGCGUAUUGGUGGAGUUUUUCGGCUGAGACGUGGGCUCUGAUCGUGAUCCUCAUCAGCCUCAUCGUUCUGUAUGGGUACUGGCCGUACGGUUUCUUUAAGCGGUUGGGAGUUCCUGGUCCUAAACCGGUACCAUUUUUAGGAACCAUGUUACAAUAUCGGAAGGGAAUCCAUAAUUUUGAUAUGGAGUGUUUCCAGAAGUACGGCAAGAUUUGGGGUAUAUACGACGCGAGACAGCCGGUCCUCUGCGUCAUGGACACAGAGAUCAUCAAAACCGUCCUGAUUAAAGAGUGUUACUCUCUCUUCACCAACCGCAGGAAUUUCCGUCUAAAUGGUCCUCUGUACGACGCAUUGUCCAUGGCCGAGGAUGAGGCCUGGAAGAGAAUCAGGAGCGUUCUCUCUCCAUUGUUCACCAGAGGCAGACUGAAGGAGAUGUUUGGAAUCAUGAAGUCACAUUCUCGCUCGUUGAUUGAAAAUCUGCAGAAGACAUCAGAGCGUGGAGAAUCAGCAGAUAUUAGAGAGUUUUUUGGAGCAUACAGUAUGGAUGUGGUGACGAGCACAGCAUUUAGUAUUGAUAUCGACUCCCUGAACAACCCCAAAGAUCCAUUCGUGUCCAACGUCAAGAAAAUGCUGAAGUUUAACUUACUCAACCCUCUGUUCCUCGCCAUUGGGCUGUUCCCCUUUAUCACACCGGUGCUGGAGAAGAUGAAUGUUUCCAUUUUCCCGACCUCAGUGACUGAUUUCUUUUAUGCGUCUCUGCAAAAGAUCAAGUCUGAACGUGUGGCCAAAGAUCAUAAGAGACGAGUGGACUUCAUGCAGCUGAUGAUCGAUUCUCAGAAAUCAGAAAAAGACGAUCUGAACGGUGAAGAGACAAACAGAGGUCUGAAUGAUCAUGAGAUCCUGUCCCAGUCCAUGGUUUUCAUCUUUGCUGGUUAUGAGACAAGCAGCAGGACACUGUCGUUUCUCUUCUACAACCUGGCCAGUAAUCCAGAGACGCUGAAGAAACUACAGGAAGAAAUCGAUGAAACUUUCCCUAAUAAGGCUGAAGUUGAUUAUGACACGGUAAUGAACAUGGAUUAUCUGGACGCUGCUCUGAACGAGUCGCUCAGGUUGUACCCGAUCGCUAUUCGUCUGGAAAGAGUCUGCAAAAAAACUGUUGAAAUAAACGGCCUUACCAUCCCAAAGGACACCGUCGUCUUGAUCCCCACUUAUGUCCUACAAAGAGACCCUGAAUACUGGACUGAGCCGGACGCCUUCAAGCCUGAGAGGUUCACUCAGGAGAACAAGGAGAACAUCGAGCAGUAUGUGUACAUGCCGUUUGGUGUAGGACCCAGGAACUGCAUCGGGAUGAAGUUUGCCCUUGUGAUCAUAAAGCUGGCUGUUGUUCAGAUACUGCAGAGAUUCGACAUCAGUCUUUCUGAGGAAACGAAGAGUAUUACAGGCAGUCUGUAUUUGAAAUUGAAGUAGAAAUCAAUAUUAGGUGUGUAUUGAUCCUACUGUGAUACAUUAUUCAAACCUGUUUAGCACUUUUUAAUGCCAGUGUUGUUUAUUGUGUUCACUUGGAAAUAUCACUUUGUGAUAUAGCAUCAAUAAUCCAUAACAUUAAAGAUGUAACUUUUUCACAUUUCUUCUUUACCAUUAUACGAAUAAGCACUGCAGAUCAAAAUUAAAGAAGCAUCCAGUGUUAAUUCACAUCUAGUUAAUCAAAGAAGUCCUUCAAGAAUGUUCUGCUGGUGUGUAGUGAAAAGGCUAAGUUCUGUUUAAUUUUACAAUUUUUAAUGUUAUUUUCACACUGCCAGUUUUUAGCACACAAUCCCUUAAUCAUAUAUACACUAUAUGGCCAAAAGUAUGUGCACCCCUGACCAUCACAGCCAUAUGUACGUGUUGAACGUCUCGUUCCCCGUGUGUUUGCUGUUAUAAUAAGCUCCACUCUUCUGGGAAGCUUUCCACUAGAUGUUGGAGCGUGGCUGUGGGGAUUUGUGUUCAUUCAGCUACAAGAGCAUUAGUGAGGUCAGGCGCUGAUGUUGGGAUGUCGAGGAGGUCUGGGGUUCAGUCGGUGUUCCAGUUCAUCCCAAAGGUGUUCAGUGGGGUUGAGGUCAGGGCUCUGUGCAGGACACUCGAGUUCUUCCACUCCAACCUUCACACACCAUGUCUUCAUGGAGCUCGCUUUGUGCACAGGAGCAUUGUCAUGCUGGAACAGGUUUGAGUCUCUUAGCUCCAGUGAAGGGAAACUGUAAUGAUUCAUCACACAGAGACAUUCUAUACAAUUUUGUGGUUUCAACUUUGUGGUAACAGUUUGGAGAAGAACCACAUAUGGGUGUGAUUGUCGGGAUGCACAUACUUUUGGCCAUAUAUUGUACAUGUAUAGCCAUUUUGCAUCAAGGAUAUCAAAGUCAAAGUCUUUUAUUUGUCAUUUGCGUAGCUGACACAUGGAAAACUGCACACUGAAAUUCUUAUGGUAGCUCCACUGACAAAUACUGGACAUAUAUUAACGUAUAACAACUACUAAACAAAGCAUACAAUGUAAAUGCAUUAUCAACUAUAUCCAGGGCAAGAGAUACACAAAAUAUACGUAUACAGUCAGGUCCAUAAGUAUUUGGACAGUUUUCCUAAUUUUGCGUCUGUACACCACCACAAUGGAUUUGAAACGAAGCAAUCAAGAUGUCAUUGAAGUGUAGACUUUCAGCUUUAAUUCAAGGGGUUUAACUAAAAUAUUGGAUCAUGUGUCGAUGCAAGUGAAGGAGGCCAUCAUUAGGCUGAAAAAAAAACAAUAUCAGAGAGAUAGCGGAAACUUUAGGAGUGGCCAAAUCAACAAUUUGGUACAUUCUGAAAAAGAAGGAAUGCACUGGUGAGCUCAGCAACACCAAAAGGCCUGGAAGACCACAGAAGUGCAAAGGCGUGUAUUUUUUUUCUUGUGAAAAGUCUUUUAGACAUUGAAGACUACUCACUGGAUGGUGUGUUCGUCCAUCACCUCCUUGUCGAGGAGCUUUGUCUUUCAGAAGCUGCCCUGGAAGUGAAGAGGGCGACAAAAGAGAGGGAGUGUUUUUUCUUGAGAGGUUUUGUUUGUGUGCAUCUGAUCAAUUGUUUUGUGUCUUGUUUCGCUUGGUGUGUGUCACUUUUACAGUCCCCACAUUGUAUGGGCUGUUUGCUGUUUAUCGGGACUCAGACAGGUACGCAAGGGCAAUUACAUACAUCGCACAGCACAUAGGAAACUAACUGUCUAAAUACCCUGGGGAAGGGCCAAGUGCCAGCCAUUGUACUAAUGUUAGUGAGGUAAGACUGGGGUAGUUAGACAUUUUGAUUUCACUUUUGUUUCUAGGUGAGUGUUUGUGAAAUUCAAGAAUAGAGAAGGCUGUUUUUGUUAUAUUUCUUUAUUUCCUUCAGCACUGCCGGAGUCCAGCCCCUUUGUUACAAACUUCCACUUUGAAUACGCAUGUCUUAUGUCUUAUAUGUUGAUGUCUCUAAAUGUACCGCACUAAUAGGAAAGAAAGAAAACAUAGUAAACUCUGUUAUACAA